CCUGUGAACCGCCCCCUGAUUUUCUGUGUCUGAUCCCUAAAGGCCUAAACGGUAAUCCUUAGCCGAUCUGCUCCUGCAAUUUCCUCAUCUUUGCUCUCUCUGAUCCCUAAUUCAAUUCCUUCCCCACUCCUCCAAGUUAUCAUCUUUCCUAUUCUUGUUCUACCUUCGCCUUCUUCUUCUUCUUCUUCAAUUCUUAAUUCAAUCCCAUGCCUCCUCCUAGUCCUCCUAUUCCUCACCAUGAACAAAGCCAACCAAAACCCAGCCCCAGGCUUCUCUCCAUCUUCCUUAAAGCCAUCAUCAUGACCCUUCUCACCUCCGUCUUUUUCAUCUUCCUUGGCUUCGCCGCCUUCGUUCUCCUCCAUCUCUGCUUCAUCGGCGGCAUCCUCCACCGCCUCCGCUCUCGCCCCACCGUCCAACUCGGGGCUUCCUCCAAUGGAAUCGCGCCGCGUGACGUAAAGAAGCUUCCCCACUUCCGGGUUGCUAGCGGGACCGAACCCGGACCCGAAACCCAAUGCGUUGUCUGCUUGGACGGCUUCCGCAGCGGCCACUGGUGCAGAAAGCUCGCCGGAUGUGGUCAUGUGUUCCACCGGAGAUGUGUGGAUACCUGGUUGGUGAAGGUGGCUGCGUGUCCUACGUGCAGGACACCUGUUCGAUCAAAAGCAGGAGGGGAUGUAGGUUCGCGUCUAGAUGUCGAUAGGGAUGAGGCUAUGCGACUUCGAACAUCCAGUAGGGAUAGUGCUUUUAGGAUUUUUUAACUUGUAAGUUGAAUGUUUUCAAUCUUUGUACUAUGUAGGGAUAAUAAUAAGUUUUCCCCCUAUGUACAGUAUGAUAUGCGUAUUUCUUCUUCUAAAUUUUUGUCUCACUUUUCUCUUCGAUUUGGUUGUUCAUCCAUUUUGUAUUUUCUUUCUUUUGGGGCUAUCCACUUCACCGCUUGUAUAUAUAGGUAUGAUUUUGCGUUCAAAGGCUAGUGAUAAGAAAACCAUUGGUUGUCCUUAUUACUACUUUAGUGGCAUCGUCAUUAUGCAACGCUAGGGAUCCAAAUUGUGAGCAUUUGUUCUUAUAUGCUACUCUCAGUUUUAGGACAA